AUGAACCUAACCCUAAACGUCACCCUCAAAAGUCACCCCAGUCAUGCCUACUCCACCUCCACAGAGACCCAUCCCCAUCUCCCCUCCCCCGUUGCGAACCACCGCGAGCCACUUCCCAACUCUAACCACUCCCUCACCGCCUCACCUAAACCUCACCUCCGCGAAACCCCCAAUCGAUCUCCUUGCCUCGAAGUCGCGCGUCCCCUCACUCCUCCAUCACGGGCCAUCAUAACUCACGCCGCCACCAUGAACCCCACCGCUAGCCACUCAGUCUCAUCCCUCACGACCCCACUAUUAGGGUUAGGUCAAGAUACGAGCUCAAAUGGGACAUGGGCUGAGAAGGAGUGGGUCACAGUGCUGGACCUUGCAGCUUCUGGCAUCAACUUGCAGAAGAUAGAAGAUGUUGAUACUUUCUCACAGUAUUCGGAGCCUUUGUUGCAGCUAUUGGCAACAAUUCCCCCAAAUGAAAAGGUGAUUCUAGUGGGUCACAGCCUUGGGGGAUUCAACAUAGCACUUGCCAUGGACCAAUUCCCAGAAAAAGUUGCUGUCGGUGUUUUCUUAACAGCUUUCACUCCAGACAUUAAUCACAAGCCAUCCUAUGUCUUAGAAAAGAACAUCGCCCAAGCCCUAAUUUACAAGGCUAAACAGAAACAGAGAGGAGCUGGCCGAAUGAUGUUACCGAGUGUGCAAGGGCAAGCUGAAGGAAAGUGGAUCGUCAUUGACUCUGGCAAAGUCAUAGUUCACGCACUUGAUGAAAAGGCUAGAGCUUACUACAAUUUGGAGGGUCUUUGGACCCCGGGGACAAUUCAAAAUGCACCACAUGGGGAUUUCAUGGUCUUACUCAAAUUAAAGCUGAUGGUUGAGACUAUAGCCACUCUGUUACGGUGCUUGACAAUGUAUUUACUAAUCAUCAAGAAAAUUGGAAUGGAAAAAUUGGGUAGCUUAGUGGUGAGACUUGUCUUCUUACCUUUUGAAGAAAGUUCAUAUGCAACAUUUGCAAGGUCUACUUCAGGACAAUAUGCAGGAAAAAGCAAGAUAUUGGGAAAUGGCUUGAUGGAAUCCCUUAAGUUAGUUUUGUUGAUUGACCUUGUUUUCAUGGCAUUUGGUCCAAGUUAUUCUUAUUCACUCAUUAGAUUGCUAUAUGGUGAAAAAUGGAGUGAUGGAGAAGCGUCAACUGCCCUCCGCUGUUAUUGCUUUUAUGUCAUUGUUUUGGCCAUGAAUGGUCACGUAACUGUUGCUACCCCGGAACAAUUGGCGACGAGAGAGGAAGAAGGUGGAAAGAACAUUUUGAAGACUGCAAUGUGGGAUCUAGAAUUGGCGAAGAGUUUGUUAAGGCCAGCGUCCCUCUUUGGCGAAGACUUGUCGCAGCUCGAAAACUUCUCCAAACAGGGAUAUGGAUCAGUUCCUCUUGCUUAUAUCGUUUGCACUGAGGACCUUACAAUUUCACUGAGUUUUCAACUCUGGAUGAUUCAAAAUGCUGCCAUCAAUGACGUUCUAGAGAUCAAAGGUGCGGAUCAUAUGCCCAUGUUUAGCAAGCCACAAGAACUAUGCAAUUCUCUGCUGCAAAUAGCCGCCAAAUACGCAUGA